GAUAACAAAAGAAAUAUUGCACUAGGAAUGUUGUACUCGCGUCCACUUGUGUCCUCAAUAAGUCAAUUCAGAAAGCUGUAAAUAUGAUUGGGUGAGAUCAUAGAUAUCUUCGUGGAAUGUAGCAGACAAAUACCGAUGAAAAAUACGUUGUGGUAUCCGAGUUGCACGGUAGUAGCAAACAGAUAUGUUUACGAUGCACUGAAUAUACUUCUAAGUGUUUUACCUGCAUUUGCCGUGGAUAUCUUUUUAAGGCUUCACGGUGGUAAACCAAUGGCAAUGAAUAUGAGCAAAUUUUACAAUAAAUUAGUCACAGCGACAGGCUACUUCAACUCGAAUGAAUGGUCUUUCAAAAGAGAUAACAUUGCCGACAUGAUAAACAAGGUGAAAACCUUUGAAGAUGGAAAUCUUGUUAAACUGGACUUGCAGGAUAUGGAUUGGAAGAAAUAUUUAGCAAAUUACUUGGCGGGAAUUAAGAUAUUUGUUCUGAAGGAAGAUUCUCAAUCUAUAAAUACAGCAGCGCAACGGUUAUCGAUAUUCUACUGGAUACGUCAGAUAACUAAAGGAUUCGGUAUAAUCAUUUUAUUUCUGAUAAUAUCGGUAACAAUAUUGCUAUGCACCGACUACUUCAAUGUUAUGUUUCCUGCUUGAAUCAAGAACAACGUAUAUGGAACAUUAUGGAAAAGGGCCUUGGAAUAGGAACAUGUCGCUACAUAUAAAGGGUAUCCGGCAGAGUUAUAUAUUAUAUACUAUAUAGUAUAUAUGUGAUAUGCUCUUCGAAUAAAAACUGUGGAUAAAUGAAGUUAUUUGUCGAUAUUGUGAAUAAUAUAUAUAUAAUG